AUGACAAGAGAAAAUUGGGCCCACAAUGCUCUGAGACAAGAGGGGCUUAUGAAAGGCAAGGAUGAUAUCUGGAAAUGGGGAACCAGCCUCCAAGGGAGCAGCUCCUCUGUGUGGGAGACUUCCCACUUGCAUUUUAGACAGUUACGUUACAAUGAAACAUCUGGGCCCCAGGAAGCUCUGAGCCGACUCCGGGAGCUCUGUCGCCGGUGGCUGAGGCCAGAAGCACGCACCAAGGCUCAGAUCCUGGAGCUGCUGGUGCUGGAGCAGUUCCUGAGCAUCCUGCCUGGAGAGCUCCGGACCUGGGUGCAGCUGCAUCGUCCCGGGAGUGGGGAGGAGGCCGUGGCCCUGGUAGAGGAGCUGCAGAAAGACCUUGAUGGACCAGCACUCAAAGUUUCAGUCCUUACCCAGGCCCAGGACACUCUACAGGAGGGGAUGGACUCUCCAGGAAUAACACUUCUUCCUGCAUGCUCUGGCAACCACACAUCAGCUGGAACGUGCCCAAAUCCUCUUACUGACUCAGCUGUGUUUAACCAGGAUCCUCAACAUGAUCUUCUUGCCCCUGAAGCUUCUGCCCUUUCCCAGGAAGAGAACCCAAGGAAUCAAUUAAUGGCGCUCAUGCUCCUGACAGCCCAGCCCCAGGAGCUGGUGAUGUUUGAGGAGGUAUCAGUAUGCUUUACUUCAGAGGAAUGGGCCUGUCUGGGCCCAAUUCAGAGGGCCUUAUACUGGGAUGUGAUGCUGGAGAAUUAUGGAAAUGUUACCUCUCUAGAAUGGGAGACCAUGACCGAGAAUGAGGAGGUGACAUCAAAGCCAGGCAUUUCUCAAAGAUCAGACUCUCAGAAAGGAGCAUCAAAAAGACUUCGCAGUAUUCCUAAGGUCCUUGACUUCGAGAAAGAGUAUGAAUGGCAAGUGUUGGCAAGUCAGUGGGAACAUGAAACAGGAGAAAGGAUAGAUACAGUGAGAAAAAGUUGCCCACGUGAACGAAAUAAGAAGAGAAGAACACCACCAGAAAAGCGGGCCCAAAAGUGGAAGGAAUUUGGAGACAGCUUGGCUUUAGGUUCACUACUUUCUGAAAGUUUAAUAGGUAUUGAAGGAAAAAAGUUUUAUAAAUGUGAUAUAUGUUGUAAACAUUUCAAUAAAAUAUCUCAUUUUAUAAACCAUAGGCGAACCCACACUGGCGAGAAACCCCAUAAAUGUAAAGAGUGUGGAAAAGGCUUUAUUCAGCGUUCAAGUCUUCUAAUGCAUUUACGGAACCAUUCUGGUGAGAAACCUUACAAAUGUAAUGAAUGUGGAAAAGCCUUCUCUCAAAGUGCUUACCUUCUAAACCAUCAGAGAAUCCACACUGGGGAGAAACCUUACAAAUGUAAGGAGUGUGGAAAGGGCUUCUAUAGGCACUCGGGCCUUAUUAUACAUCUAAGGCGCCAUUCUGGAGAGAGACCUUAUAAAUGUAAUGAAUGUGGGAAAGUUUUCUCUCAGAAUGCUUACCUCAUUGACCAUCAGAGACUACACAAAGGGGAAGAACCUUAUAAAUGUAACAAGUGUCAGAAAGCUUUCAUUCUGAAGAAGAGUCUCAUUUUGCACCAGAGAAUCCACUCUGGGGAAAAACCAUAUAAAUGUGAUGAAUGUGGGAAAACCUUCGCUCAGACCACUUACCUUGUUGACCAUCAGCGACUCCACAGUGCAGAGAACCCAUACAAGUGUAAAGAAUGUGGGAAAGUUUUCAUUCGAAGUAAAAGCCUCCUCUUACACCAGAGAGUCCACACAGAAAAGAAAACCUUUGGGUGUAAAAAGUGUGGUAAGAUUUUCAGCUCCAAGACAAACCUCAUUGAUCAUAAGAGGAUGCACAGCAGAGAGAAGCCGUAUAAGUGCACCGAGUGUGGAAAGGCCUUCACUCAAAGUGCUUACCUUUUUGACCAUCAGAGGCUCCACAAUGGGGAGAAGCCCUAUGAGUGUAAUGAAUGUGGGAAAGUUUUCAUUCUGAAGAAGAGCCUCAUUUUACAUCAGAGGUUCCACACCGGAGAGAAUCUCUUUGAAUGUAAAGACUGUGGCAAGGUCUUUGGCUCUAAUAGAAACCUCAUUGACCAUGAGAGACUCCACAAUGGGGAGAAGCCCUAUGAAUGUCGAGAGUGUGGGAAAACCUUCAUUAUGAGCAAAAGUUUUAUGGUCCACCAGAAGCUCCACACCCAAGAGAAAGCCUACAAAUGUGAGGACUGUGGGAAGGCUUUCAGUUAUAAUUCAAGCUUGCUUGUACAUCGAAGAAUCCACACUGGGGAAAAACCCUUUGAAUGUAGUGAAUGUGGAAGAGCUUUCAGUUCUAAUAGAAAUCUCAUUGAACAUAAGAGAAUCCACAGUGGUGAGAAACCCUAUGAGUGUAAUGAGUGUGGCAAAUGCUUCAUUCUGAAGAAAAGCCUCAUUGGACAUCAGAGAAUUCACACGAGGGAGAAAUCUUACAAAUGUAAUGACUGUGGAAAAGUCUUUAGUUACCGCUCAAACCUUGUAGCCCAUCAGAGAAUCCACACUGGUGAGAAGCCCUAUGCAUGUAAUGAGUGUGGGAAAGGCUUUACUUACAAUAGAAACCUUAUUGAACAUCAAAGAAUUCACAGUGGGGAAAAAACCUUCGAAUGUCUUGUAUGUAGAAAAGUCCUUACCUCUAGUAGAAACCUUAUGGUACAUCAAAGAAUCCAUACUGGGGAGAAACCUUAUAAAUGUAAUGAGUGUGGAAAAGACUUCAGUCAGAAUAAAAACCUUGUUGUACAUCAGAGAAUGCACACUGGGGAGAAACCGUAUGAGUGUGAGAAGUGUAGAAAAUCUUUUACUUCUAAGAGAAAUUUAGUUGGCCACCAAAGAAUACACACAGGGGAAAAACCUUAUGGGUGCAAUGAUUGUAGUAAAGUUUUUAGACAAAGAAAAAACCUUACUGUACAUCAGAAAAUUCAUACAGAUGAAAAACCCUAUGAAUGUGACAAGUCUGAAAGGGAAUUCUCUCAGACUUCUAACCUUCAUUUUCAACAAAAAAUCUAUACCGUGGAGAAAUUCUUUUGACUACAGAUUACCAGUGAGUCCAAGAUAGAGAUUCGGAAAAUGUAG